UUGAUUAUUUUCUAGCCGACAAGUUCAAAUCAGAGCACUUUCUGUAUUAGUAUUUUCGAGUCUCGAGGAUUUUAACGUUUGCAAAAUCUUACAUACAAAUAUCUUUCUUUAUUUCUUAUUUAUUUCGCAUAAGACGCCCCACACUACAUCUAACUUACACACUAAAUCCGCAACCAUAAUUACCAGUAUUUCCACUAAUUCUGUGUAAAACGGCUUUCAGCAAAAGCAAGUAAUACUUUAAUACGGCGCAGUUGUAAGACAACGUUCAACCCUUGUUAAAUCUAUUUUAAUUUCAUUCGUUUUUCUAAUACAUGCUUAAUUUUAUUAUUUUGUAAAAAUAUGAAAUAUGUACUAAUGAGUAAAGUUUGUAAAAAUCCAGUUGACCAAUAGGUAAUAGGUAAAUUAAGCUUCACUAAAUGUUCUCCCAGAAAGAAAAACAUAUAUUUAUAAUUUAAAAUGCAAAAGUGAAACACCCAGUAUAUAAAAAUUAAGUAAGCAGAUGUCAUAAUUGAUUCAGCGUAUUUCACCUGCUCUAUCGAAACUAUGACAACAAGAGCAGAACAUACAAACUAAAGUCACAAUUACUGUUUAUUAUUGAGCGGAAUCACCUCCGAAAAGGUCGUAAAGUGAUGUCGUUUAGAGACGUUCGAAAUUUGCUUGAAAUGCUUCGGGCUCUGGGAUACCCAAAGCUGGUAUCCAUGGAAAGUUUCCGCAAACCCAAUUUUCCUUUAGUAGCAGAUCUGCUUGUAUGGUUAUCCAAACGGUUUGACCCAGAUGUGGACAUACCUUUAGAAAUCGCUACAGAAGAAAACAGAGUAAAGCUUAUUAGGAAUUCUGCGCAAUUUAUGGCAUUAAAAGGCAGCAUUAAACUAAACACAAAACGCCUGUAUCAAGCAGAUGGAUAUUCAGUUAAGGAACUGCUGAAAAUUGCAUCCCUUCUUUAUGAUGCCUUAAAUGUAAACUUGGAUGAGAAUGAAGAAGAUCAAAUGAAUGAAGAAAGUUUUAGUUAUCGAGAUUUUGAUAUUUCCGAUAAGGUAAACGAUCUCAAGCUGUCCAGGCAAUUGGCGAGCGAAAUAACGAGCACUGGAGCAACAUUAUUUGAUCUUCUUGGUAAAGAAGUGGACCUUAGAUCAGCUAGACAGAGAAGUAUGGGCAGACAAUUCGAGUUAUCCGAGGUGGAGGCAGGUGUAAAGAAAGCGAUAGAGUCAAUAAAUCAGGAAAUAAGCGAGACUAAACAAUUAAUUGACAACGUUGCAGCAACUGAAGCCAGUUUAGACUCGAAGAUUGAACGGAGAAAGAUCGAGUUGGAUCGUUACGAAAAACGGUUGCAAACUUUAAAAAAAGUCAGGCCAGCGUUCUUAGAAGAAUUCACUGAACUUGAACAAGAACUGGAGCAGCUUUUCGUCCAGUAUUCUGUUAGGCUAAGAUGUCUAAACCAACUGGAAAAGCAGUUUUCUGACUCAGAGCGAAUACAGUUGGAGAAACAGAUGCAAAUUACAUCUCCCCGAGUGCCGACCAUUCCAUUAGACAAAUUCGAAGGAAAUGACGAUUUUCUGGAAAUGGAAAAUACUGAAGAAAGACAAGGUGCUAUUAAUCGACAGGAAAGACCUAGAGCCAGUACCGCAGGUCGCAAAUCACGAGGCAAAACGUUUGGAUCCAUGCAGCCGCCUAUGGCAGACAGCCAAUCAUCUCUUGAUCUCAGUUCAGAUUCUGAGACUGACUUGUUUAUUAAUAAAGAAGAACCAGAGUUGAUGCACUCAGAAGAUGAAUCACUAGCUCUUGAAUUAUCUGCAAUAGACCGAAGAGCUCCAUCAGGCAGAAAGACUGGCAGCAAAAUGCCAGAGCCCAAUAGUGAUGACGACUUUUAGAAAUAAAAGGCCGACGUUUUUUUAUGUGAUUUAGAUGGGAUUGUAGAGGAUCUGCUUUCGAAUAUAGAUCAGUUAAGUGACAGGAUUACUAAUAUUUUGCAGCAGCUAAUUUCUACAAAUUAUUGCCCUCAAUUUCUUGCCGAUUUAGUCAAUAAACUAGUCAUUAAAUCUCA